AUGUUACCGCUACUCAAUAUUCAAGUAUAUUUCCAGUUACUGUGCUGCCCCAUCUCUCCUCGCUCACUUCUCGGAGGCGAGGAAACCGCCGUAGCGGAGAGCGGCCACAACUGCCGGGCCGCGUGCACAAAAGAAUUGGGGGGAAAUAUCCUCAUUUGGGGCGCAUCAGGCUUCACCGGAGCCCGGCUUAUCACCUACCUGGCACAGAACGCACCCGAAGAUGUCAAGAUCGCCGUAGGUGGUCGCAGCGAGUACAAGGUCGAGGCCACCCAGCGCCGGAUCAUUGCCAAUAACCCUGAACUCAAGGACCGGGUCAAGUCUAUGGACGUCCUGGUCGGCAGUGUCAGCAACGAAAAGCGCAUCCGUGAGAUUGUUGCACAGACCAGGGUUGUUGCGACAACGGUUGGCCCUUACGCGCUGCACGGGUCAGAGCUGGUCCGUGCCUGCGUUGAGGAAAAGACUGACUACUGUGACAUCACUGGCGAGGUACCGUGGGUCAAGAAAAUGCACGACGAGCUGAACGACAAGGCUGUUCGUAAUAAGGUUCACAUUGCGUCGUUCUGUGGUUUCGACAGCAUUCCGGCCGACAUUGGUUGCUUCAUGCUGGCUGAAUAUGCGAAGCAGAAGCUGGACAAGCCGCUGCUUCACGUCAAGGGCUCAAUUACCAGGGUGCGUGGUGGAGUUAGCGGUGGAACAUUGGCCACUGCCAUCGAGCAGAUUGGCGACUUCAAGACCAUCCUGUCUGAAAAGUUCCUGGGCAGCGAAGAGUCCACAGACACUGAAAAGACCCUCAGAAACCCGACAUUCAACCGCAGCAUGAUCCACUAUGAUAAUCAUGUCAAGCGCUGGCAGACAUUCUGGAUCAUGGGUGAAGUCAACAAUCGCGUUGCUGGGUGGGCUGGUCAGGUUCUCAACUACGGUCCGCGAUUCACCUACAGCGAGUCCAUGUCGGCAUAUAACGUCAUCCAUGCAGUACUAGUGCCCAUUGCUUUCAUUCGCAAUCUUCUGUUUGCGCUCAGCAUCAUUCCUCGGCCCGGGAGUGGACCGAGAUUCACCGAUGAGGGUAGCGCCGUGUACGGCAAGGUCGUGGGCACCAGCGACCCGGGUUAUGGUGAGACCAUCAAAUAUCUGGGCGAGAGUGCACUGUGUCUGGCACUGGACCGCGACAGCUCAUUCAAGCCAGGAGUGUACCCGCCUUCAAUCAUCAUGGGCAAUGCCCUGCUCUCUCGGCUUCGCAGUAGAGGAUGCCAGUUCGAGGUCAGCAACACACCAAUCGAGUCGAGCAAGCGCAAGAAGCACACUCAAUAAGAGCAAUUAUUUUUUACAUACUGGAUGUCGAGUGCUAACAUACCUGUGGUACAUUUGCCAAACACUG